GGGACCUACAGGUGCUACGGCUCUCACGGCAGCUUCCCCCAUCUGCUGUCACAGCCCAGUGACCCAGUGGAGCUCGUGGCCUCAGAGCCCUCUGGGAGCCCCGGCUCCCCACCCACAGGACCCAGCUCUGCCUCCGGUCUCCAAAGACCCCUGCAGGUGCUGGUUGAGGUCUUGGCGGCCUGCGAACUACUGCUCCAGCUCCUCCUCGUCCUCCUCCGACACUCACAUCUGGGAAAACACAGGAAAGCAGCCCAGGGAGAGGCUGACUCCCGGCGUCCUGCAGGACCUGCGGAGCCAAAGCCCCAGGAGAGAAUCCUGCUGACCACUUCCAGCCCAACUGCCGGCGUCCAGGAAGAAAACUCCUAUGCUGCCCUGGAGGACUCUCGGCUGGAGAAGGGGGUGAAGCAGGACAGUCGGAGCCCGCGUGGUGGAGACCCCCAGGGGAUGACAUACGUGCAGGCCAGCCACUCCAGACUCAGGCGGGGAGUGGCCACUCCUCCCGCUGACCUAUCAGGGGAGUUGCUCGACACGAAUGACCGACAAGCAGGAGAGGACAGGCAGACACCUGAAGCCCCCCAGAAUGUUACCUACAGCCAGCUGGACAGCCUGAGCCUCAGACCGGGGGCAACUGCACCUCCUCCAUCCCAGGAAGGGGAAGAGCCUAGCAUAUAUGCUACUCUGGCUACACGCUAG